CUUUUGACUAUAAAGAUGAGAAGUCUACUUUUUCUGGUGCUGAUUUCUGUCUGCUGGGCUGAACCUCACCCUUACAACUCAAGUCUGGAACAUGAAAGAAUUAUUCACAUUCAAGAAAAUGGACCCCGUCUACUUGUGGUAGCAGAGCAAGCCAAACUCUUCUCACACCGGGGUGGCAAUGUCACACUGCCAUGUAAAUUUUACCAUGAACACACAUCAACAGCUGGCUCAGGAACCCACAAAAUCCGGGUCAAGUGGACCAAACUCACCUCAGAUUACCUCAAAGAAGUGGACGUCUUUGUUGCAAUGGGACACCACAGAAAGAGCUACGGAAACUACCAGGGCAGAGUGUUUCUGAGGGAAAGCAGUGAAAAUGAUGCCUCACUUAUAAUCACAAAUAUAAUACUGGAGGAUUAUGGGAGAUACAAGUGCGAGGUGAUUGAAGGAUUAGAAGAUGAUACAGCAGUGGUAGCUCUGAAUUUGGAAGGUGUCGUGUUCCCUUAUUCUCCACGGCUGGGUCGUUACAACUUGAACUUCCAUGAGGCUCAGCGAGCAUGUCUGGACCAAGACUCUGUUAUUGCCUCCUUUGACCAGCUCUACGAUGCCUGGAGGUCAGGGCUGGACUGGUGUAAUGCCGGCUGGCUCAGUGACGGUUCCGUGCAGUACCCCAUCACCAAGCCCAGGGAACCCUGUGGAGGGAAGAACACAGUGCCCGGGGUCAGGAAUUACGGCUUCUGGGAUAAAGAUAAAAGCCGAUAUGAUGUUUUCUGUUUCACUUCCAACUUCAAUGGUCGUUUUUACUACCUAAUUCACCCAACUAAGCUGACCUACGACGAAGCCGUUCAGGCAUGCUUGAAGGAUGGAGCUCAGAUUGCUAAAGUUGGCCAGAUAUUUGCUGCCUGGAAGCUCCUGGGGUACGACCGCUGCGAUGCCGGCUGGCUGGCUGACGGCAGCGUCCGCUACCCCAUCUCCAGGCCCAGGAAACGCUGCAGCCCUAACGAAGCAGCAGUUCGCUUUGUAGGCUUCCCUGAUAAAAAGCACAAGCUGUAUGGUGUCUACUGUUUCAGAGCAUACAACUGAAAAAUACCUAGAGCACAAAAGUUUUAAAUUC